AUGGGCAGCGGAAGAGCUGAGCAUUGAAUGUUCUUUCAGGAAAAAGCUAUCUUAAGGAAGUUCCCUGGGGUUUGUGGUCACUGGUUUGGAAACAGCACAAUUAUCUCUCCCCAUGCUCGCAUGCCAUACCUCCAGAAAGCCCAAAAGAACAACACUCCAAGGCAAUGGGAACUAGAAGAGACUUCCGUUGUUUAUCAUGGUGCUGUUGAAGUCUCCUGGGGUUGACAGAUGCCGCUCCAGAAGGUUAAUAAGAUGAAGAAAGCUCUUCCAGCUGGACCGUAAGAGGGAUUAUGUCUGAGCAGCAGAUAAACAGAUUAUUCCAGAAACAGACACUGCUUUUUUUUAAAACUUCGUCACUCUUGUCUUACCACUCCAGUUCCCCAGGCUAGAAGUGUGGGCGUUGGAGGGGUUCGCCCACCUCUUGCACUCUGGCACCUGUUGCACUCUGCCCAGUUGCAAUUCAAUGCAGUCCAAGGUUGGAGACACCUGAAAAAGAGAGACAUUUGGGGAUUUUAGUUCUCUAAGAAAACAGAACUCUUCUACUUUACCAAAAUAUUCUAGUUUCCUGCAUGACUGGUCUUGAAAACUGUGAAUGAUCAAUAGACAGCAUGCAUUUGAAAACUGGAUUAAUAUUUUUGAUCAUUUGCCUUGCUCUCCAAGUUCAGGGAAGCAGAGAAAUUCCUGAUAAAAUAAACCGUGCUGAAGCCAAACAUCUUGCAGUCGCCUCAGGGUCAGACAAAACAGAAAGAACAACAAAGCGGUCCAGGAUAUCAACCAUAAGGCGGAUAUUUGACAUGGCAAAACACCGAACAAAGAGGUCAUCCUUUUUCUCAACUGGUGUGAAAGUUUGCCCACAAGAAUCAGUGAAGCAGAUUUUAGCCAGUCACCAAGCUUACUACAGAUUAAGAGUCUGCCAGGAAGCUGUGUGGGAAGCCUUUCGUAUUUUUCUGGAUCGGAUUCCUGAUACUUCUGAAUAUCAGAACUGGGUUACUGCCUGCCAGAGAGAAACCUUUUGCAUAUUUGACAUUGGUAAAAACUUCAGCAAUUCCCAAGAGCAUCUGGAAAUAAUUCAACGGCGAGUAAAACAUAGAACCUUCCAGGAAAGGAAAGAUGAAAUAUCAGCAGAGAAAACAGGAGGCAAAAAGGUGGAAGACAUUCCCUCCAUUUCUACAGGCUCUCCUGGCACACCCAUCUCUCCAUCUGCACCUAACGGCACAUUGCUCAAUGAAAUUUUCAAUGACACAAAGACUCCUGUGAAGGAGCUGGGAACAAAUGCAGUCCCUGAACUGCCUGUGGAGCAAAUGGUGGAAUUCAGUGUGACUCUCACUGAUCAGGAGUACACAGCUGAACUUAGUGACCCCAGCUCCCCAGAGUACCAACAACUAGCUGCUAAAUUUCAGCUACAGAUGAAAAAAAUAUUUGAGAAACUUCCAGGAUUCAAAGAAAUACGCGUGUUAGGAUUCAAACAGAAGAAGGAGAAAGAUGGAUCAAGCAGCACAAUAGCUCGAUAUGUGGUGAACUUUGAGAGAGAUGGCUCAGAAACCAAAGGCACAGCAGAUGACGUCUCGACUAUUGGAUCGAACAAGGUUGAAAGUGAAAAAAUACCAAUUUCUCCAGUUGAAGAGAGGGAAAUAUCAGCAACUAAACUGACAGUAACAGACCUUCAGCAGCUGGUUGCCACCGCACUCCAUGAAGACCAGUCCCUGCCAGUGGACCUUGGAACACUUCAGUUUACUGAUGAAACUGUUAUACAACCUAGUGAUUUAGACAAUGAUAUCCAAGGUGUGGUCACUAUUCCUCUGGCAGGCCCUGAUUUGGAGGAACUCCCGCUAGGUUAUCCCAGUCCAGCAACAGUGGAUCAAAGAGGAGAUGUAUUUGUUGAUGAAUUUACAACUGAAAGCCCUGCUCUAAGUGAAGAAAUCAGUAUCCCUGAAGAAUUUAAUAAUUUUAUUACAUCUGAACCUGAUUUUCCUACCAAACCCUCCAGAGAACCAUUUCAGGACAGAUAUCCAUACACCCAAGUUAUUGCUACCGACCACCCAGGUUUCACAGUGCCUUUCAGUGCUCUGGGUAGCACCAGCAGUCCUCCGAAAUCAGAGGAUUCCUAUUUGCCUCCCCCAGCAGAUGACUCUGCUGGCAAAGACUUACUCACCGGUGGCUACGAGUCUCCAGUGGAGCUGGCCACUGCAGGAAGUUUCACUACACCCCAUCUCCUGCCUGCUGGAGAGGUGGAGAAGGAAGCUGACGAGAAGCAAGAACUGACAGAUAUAACAGAACCUCCUUUCAAGGAUGUCGACCAAGACAGCCUGUCUGGACAAGCAAUUAAGAUCAUGGAAGAACCAGAAUCAUCAGGUGAUGACAUUUUUGUUACAGCCAGCACUUAUGAAAGGUUGCCUUUCUUUACUGGUCCAAGUGAUGUCUCCACCGCGCAGCCUGGAGCUGUUAUUACAGAUGUGCUGCCAUCAGUAGCGCCGCUGCCUGCAGCCACCAGCCCAUCCUACAGCCCCUCUGAGAUCAUCGAGCAGUCCCUUGAGUUACCAGGGCCCUCAGCACCAGCCCCUGAGGGCGUUCCUGCGGAUGGCACCGGGAUGGGGGUGCAGGACAUCGCUGCCGAGCUGGAUCCGAUGGGCGCGGUGAGCACGGCCACGCUGGACGAAGGGGAGCAGGGCAGUGGCUACAUCCCAGGGCUGACCACGGAGCCUGCAGAAACCACCCCAGCACCGGUGCUCAAGUACGUAACUACCAGCUCCAUGACCACUGCAGCCAAAGGCAAAGAGCUCGUGGUUUUCUUCAGCCUCAGGGUGACCAACAUGCACUUCUCUGACGACCUCUUCAACAGGAGCUCGACAGAAUACAAAGCACUGGAACAACAGUUCAUGCAAUUGUUACUUCCAUACCUUCAGUCCAACCUUACAGGUUUUAAGCACUUGGAAAUUCUCAACUUCAGGAAUGGAAGUGUGAUUGUGAACAGCAAAAUGAAAUUUGCCAAGACAGUGCCAUACAAUAUCACAGAAGCAGUACACUGUGUUUUGGAAGAUUUCUGUGAUGCUGCAGCCCAGCACCUCAAUUUGGAGAUUGACAGCUAUUCCCUGGAUAUUGAGCCAGCUGAUCAGGCAGACCCCUGCAAGUUCAUGGCUUGUGACAAGUUUUCCGAGUGCGUACUGAACGAAUGGACAAGAGAGGCCGACUGCCUUUGCAAGCCCGGCUAUGCCAGCCGGGAUGGAUUGCCCUGCCGGAGCCUGUGCGAGCUGCAGCCCCACCUCUGUGUCAACGGAGGCAAAUGUGAGCUGGUGCCAGGAAGAGGAGCUGUCUGCAGAUGCCCUGUACGUAGACACCAGCUUUACCAAGGACAACGCUGUGCAAAAUUUGGUCCAGAACCCAUACAACCCUUCAGUUUUAAACCUCUCAUUCUUGGCUUAGGAAGCCUUGGUUUUCUUUUCAUCAUUUUAAUUAUUAGGAUAAGAAGAAAAUGCAAAAGAAACUCUAAUAUGCAAAGUCGUACUCUCAGCAGCUGCAAUUCAGAAAAUGCUUUAAGGAUUAAUCCUGCUUUUGAACACGAUGAAUCCCUAUCUAGCUUUUGUCACACGGCUUGCAGUGUAAGUGCUUGUCUCAGUUCCUCAGAGAUCCUUGAUCACGAAGCAUUACAUGAACUUGAAAACACAAUUCAGCCUGGAGGUAAACUGCAUGGAAAUCCCUUUCUUCUCAUCCCUCAACAAACAGCCCCACCUGAAAUAACAGAUUCACCUUCAUGUAUUAACUCCACAACUAAAUCAAACUUGAAGCUACUCUCUUGCUUGGCGAUUUCAGAACUGAAAAUACUAAUGCAUUCAUUGCUUUCCACAUUUACUGCAGCGUAGUUUUCACAACAGGACUGUAGAACUGCUUUUCUUACAGCUCUCUUGCAUGAUCUGGCAGUCUAUCCUAGCUGAGUGCUUUUAGUCAUUUAUAGAAAUAAUUAGUGGUUUGCUUUUUUUACUCUUGUAGGUCACCAGAUGAGUUUACAAAACCACGACUGACAAGUUAGUCUCUGGAAUUCUUCGUUUCCAGCAUCAGCCAGACAAAACCAAGGUAUUCAAGAAAGAAGGUCUGCAUUAUUCAAGAUUGGACUUCAGGAUGAGUAUAAAAAAUGAAAUAAAGGAUUCCUAAAGAUACAGUAUUUUGGCUCUAAAAUCAGUGCACAUAUAAAAAAAUAGUUUUACUGGAGGAAAGAAACCAAGUUGAGCACCUUUUGAGCAUGUCUAAAAUGCCUGGUAGGAAGUUCCCCACUAUUGAGAUGUAUGCAUUAAGCUUCUGGUGCUUACACAUCUUAACUGUUUUAUUUAAGAGCUGAGUGCUAGAAACAGAUUUUGCUGAGAAGUGACAUUUUUCAAUAUUGUAUGUUACAGUCAUUCUGGUAAAAAUGUCAGUGGAGUUUCAAUGCAUUUCUAUACCCCUUUAUUAAUCUUCCUUACACACACAGAUGCAAAUGGUGAAUGGAAAUUAGAGCUGUCGUCGACCAAAGGCCACAUUAAAAGCAUCUGGGAACUUCUUCAUUCCCUCCCUGAAUGCUCACAUGGCAAAUCACACGGAAUUUGGAUUUAAUUUUUCAAGGGUUUUUAUGAACAUCAGAUUCCUAUUUUUCUGUUAAUAAACACAUCAUUUUUACUAAGUACAUAUUCACUUAACUGUUUAAUUCUGGUGACAGGAAAACUAUCAGGUUAUCCUAAGACUUCAGACUUUUUGCUGAGGUCCAAUAUAUGGAGUUUCAUCUUUCCAGAACAUGAGAUUUAUAUUCACAACCAUCCUCCUGGUAGUGAGUAAAUUAGAAUUGCACAUGAGAACCUACACUUUAGAAUCAGUAUCCACACAAAUAAUUUUGAGAAGCUACUGCUAGUUUUUGUAGGAGAAAUUAAAGCAGACAAUGGGUAGCCAUUAAGUAUUCUGUAGGCUUAUUAAUUUAUGCACUAUGAAUCCACAAUCCUGAUUCAAGUAGGAGCAUUAUUUUACCUUGAGUAUCUUUUUCUUGAGUAAAUAUCUCCAUUUAUAUUCUGUACCAGUGCUGUAUUCAGGCACUGGUUUGCUGCUUGGUGCACACCAGAAGUCGUACUUACAGCUCAAACUGAGCUUCUACAAAGUUCAUGACUAUCCUGGAUGACAACCCCUCAUUCAGAUGUGAAACUUCUGUGUAUUCAGGACAGCAGCUGACUUUGGUGACAAUUCUUACUUCGUGCCGUGCAGUUACCACAGCAAAGACUGAACUUUAGUUUUCCUUCUCAAGUCUGCUCAGAACUGUUUACAAAUUCCAAACAACUGCACGGGUUUGCCUGCAAAAAAACCACCGGAACUGGUGACUGUGUACAAAUGAAGGCAGUGCAUCAAGAACACAAGGUUGAGUUUCUAAGCUGAAAUAGUAGUUUUACUUACUUUAUAUAAGUAGGAAAGAAAAAUAAAGAAGAAACCUAAGAUGUGUUUUUACACAGUUACACUUCAGAAUAAAAUUACUUUAAAAGUACUUUUUGCAGGGCACUGGAAGUCAUCCUUGCCUACAAAUGCUAGCUUUUCACUAUUGCUCAUGUAAGCUAAGAAUGCAUUAAGAAUGCUGAUAGCAUUCUAUUUUUUUCCAUUACAAAUGUAUUUUUGUAUGUGUUUAGUGUAUUUCAACUUAUACUAGUUAUCAUUAGCCAGAUUAAAAACUAAGUAAUUUUAAAAUGUGCAUUUUAAUAAUGAUUAUUCAUGAUUGUAUUUAUCACUCUUAACUAUUAAUUACCAAAUAUAUUUGCUGGACGUAAACCUUUUGUAUUUCAAUAAAACAUAAUAAAAUUA